CCUCUGACUGCACCAUUCUAUCUGACUCCCCUCGGCAUUCUUCACAUCACUUGACCUUCACCCCUUGCGAUGUCCAGAGUUCCUGUGGAGAAGCAACUGAGGCUCAGCUUGUCCAGAACUGAGACAAAGCAUCCACUGUCCAUGUCUGUCUGAGACAUUCCAGCCACCGACUACUGCCUCUGUUAAAUAGCACCGGGAGUUUCCGAACAAGGGGGAGAAGUCUGAUUUCAGUAGCGACAUCGGAGAGAUCUGCUCCAUACAGACUCGCAACCAUCAGACUACUUUUACUGCCAAAUUAUAGAGUUCGGAUAUCCAAGAAACAGACAACAUCCCUCAACCAUGUCCGGCAUCCAUAUUUACCCCAAACACGAGAAAUACAGAGUGCAUCUACCGUCUUUCACUGCUUUUCCAAAUGAGAGGAAACCUCUAACAACAGGAACCACCAUGAGUUUGAAAAAACUGAAGUUCUUUAAGUUUAAGGGUUUCGGCAGUUUAACCAACAUCCCACGCAACCUGUCAUUACGACGAUCUUCAAGCAGUUCAAUUGAUGACAAGAAGAAACGGUUGAAAGAGAACCACCUGGGCCUCCAGAUUCACCCAGAGAUAGGACAGGAAACAGUAGACGAUUUGGAAACUAUACCACGGAGUCCUAGCUAUGCCCACUCAAGCGAAAUGUACACCUACAUUGGCACAAUGCCACGCCGAAACUCUAACAGGGUGCAGAAACCAGUCAAAACUACCAGUACUUCAGAUGGACAGGCUGCAGGAAGGAGUAGGCUGGGACCUCUGCCACCAUUGCCAAACAGCGACCAAAAUGAGCCACCAGAAAAGGUACCUGCCCUGGGCGAGUCAGACAAGGAAGCCAAACCAGCUCAGGGAUGUCCAAGUCCCAGUUGUUCAAAGCCAUUGUUCUCGGAUUCCAAACCAGCAAUGUCAAACUCCACCAACUCCUCACCCAAAUCAACUACUCUUCAAAAUAUGAGUGAUGAGUCCAAGCCAGUUGAACCAGGACUCAUGGAUUUCCCAAGAAAGUUAAGCGAGCCAGGAAAUGGAGAUGGUCAGACCAAAGCACUUUCUGCUAAAGACGAGGCUGGACAGCUUAAUCCAACGUCAUCAGAAACUGUUGAUAACAAGAGUGAGCUGGUCAAUGACAGUAACCUACAGAACAUGGAUUCCAAGUCGGAAUAUGUGAAGUUUUCAAAAGACAAAUACAUCCUGGAUUCCAGCCCUGAGAAGCUGCACAAAGAGUUGGAGGAGGAGCUGAAACUGAGUAGCACAGAUCUGCGAAGUCAUGCCUGGUACCAUGGGCGCAUCCCACGGGAGGUUUCCGAGAACCUGGUGCAGAAGAAUGGGGAUUUCCUCAUCCGUGACUCACUCACGUGUGUCGGGGAUUAUGUGCUGACCUGCCGAUGGAGGAACGAGCCUCUCCACUUCAAAAUAAACAAGGUGAUGAUCAAACCUAAUGAAACGUACACGCGCAUCCAAUACCUGUUCGAGCGGGAGAGCUUCGACAAUAUCCCAGCCCUGGUCAGGUUUUACAUCGGCAACCGUAAGCCCGUCUCCGAGCAGAGCGGCGCGAUCAUCUACACUCCCAUCAACCGCACUCUCCCACUCCGCUACCUGGAAGCCAGUUACGGACUGUCCAAUGGGAAGCACGGUAUGACCCACCCUCCAACCAAUCAGAAAGGCGGAUACAUCAAGAGGCGGAGUGUGACUAUGACGGACGGUCUGACGUCCGACAAGAUUAUCCGAAGUGACAGCUGUGGCAACAGCAUUCCGUCACCACAUCACAAGGAAACAAUCCGGAAUUUUGCUCUCAGUAUGGAUCAAAUCAAGGAUAUUCACCAUGGAAUGUCUCCAGUGAAUGAGAUUCCCUUGUCUCCAGAAUAUAGCACAAGCUUGAAGCACAAAAGCCAGCUAGGCCGAGUGGCAAGAAUGGCGCCAUCAUCGCCAGUGCUGCAACGGCCCAGUGAGCCUCAGCUUAGCUCACCGAUUGGUAAUAGACUGUGUCAGGACUCUAAUAGGGAAGGCCCCCCAGAGGUCUCGAGUGGGCCUCAUUGUAACAGCACACAUUCCUCCCCAUUGCAUGGCUCCUUACAGUCGGCCCAGAGAAAGGCAUCGGAUAGCUUCAAAGAGUCAGAACACACCCACUACUGUGAGCUGCGACCCUCGUCGCCCAUUGACUGGGAGAGGCAGCAGCUGGAACUGGCCCUCAAGCAAAGUCAAAUGAUGGCAAAGAGCUACGUGGAGAGGUUGAAAGUUGAGGAAAAUCCCAACGUCUCCAGCUGGCAAUCUGAGACAAGCUUCGGGAUCCUGGAAACAGAAACGUACCUCGGUCCGAUGCCAGCUUGCGUGAAAGAGAAGGAGGGGCUGCAGCGCCAUUCAUUCACAGCUCCAGUCAUUGAGCUGGUGUCUUCCUUCAAGCUGAAUGGAUACCAGUCGAUACUCAUUCCCUUGGAGAACAAGCCUCUCGAGAUGUCCGUGCUAAAGAAAGUCAAGGAGCUGUUGGCCGAGGAGGAUCCAAAAACUACAGCGAAGCACAUCACAAAAGUAGACUGCAUGGUCGCUAGGAUACUGGCAGUUUCUAAGGAACUGCAGAAGCAGAUGGGAGUGAGCUCAGGGCUGGAGUUACUCACUCUUCCCCACGGGCACCAGCUUCGGCUCGACUUGUUGGAACGGUUCAAUACCAUGGCGAUCAUGAUGGCAGUGGAUAUUCUAGGCUGCACUGGCAGUACAGAGGAACGGGCAGCCCUCCUGCAUAAAACUAUCCAGCUGGCUGCUGAACUGAAGAGCAAUAUGGGAAAUAUGUUUGGCUUUGCUGCUGUGAUGAAAGCGUUGGAAAUGCCUCAGAUUUCAAGGCUCGAGCAAACGUGGAUGACUCUUCGACAGAGACACACAGAGGGAGCGAUUCUCUACGAGAAGAAACUGAAGCCCUUCAUGAAAAACAUGAAUGAAGGAAGAGAGGUAUCGCCGCUGACCAACACGACCUUUCCUCACGUGGUUCCCCUCAUCACUCUGCUUGAACGUAACGUGGUGAAUGCUGACAACCUGGAGGCGUGGGAGGUCAGUGAAAGCGGUGUCGAGGUAGUUAUGUCACAUCUGGAGGCUGCAAGGACGAUUGCACAUCACGGGGGCCUGUACAGGACAAACGCCGAACUGAAACUACAAGGAUUUCAGGAAAAUGAACAAGUUCUUGAAAUAUUCAAGACAGAAUUCCAGAUGCGGUUGUUGUGGGGGAGCCGAGGGGCAGAAGGCAACCAGGUUGAGCGAUAUGAAAAAUUUGACAAGGUCCUAAGCGCACUUUCAAACAAGCUGGAGCCUCCAGUCCGUCACAGUGAAUUGUAGCUUGGGGGGGGGCGGGGGAAAAAUCACAAAGAUUCUUAAAAAAUAGUACAAGUUUGGUUAAAGGGAACAAUCACUGAACAGAAACUUCCUAGUUUUGUAUGAAAUUUGCUUCUAUUUUUUUUUAAAUUCCCAAGUGUUUGAUUGGCAGAGCACUGUCUUGUUAAUGCUACUUGUGAUUCACAAGUGGCUAUGUGCACUGAAUCACAAAGUAACAGAAAGACAUGGAAGUGGAGGGAGCAGAUUCCAAAUAGCAGUUAACUUUUUUUUUGGCCGAUCAUAAGGAUUUCUGACUCAUUCUUCUCAUUUUUGAGCUUAAGGAGUUUUGAAAAAUGCCAUGUGCCAACUGAUAAAGUCAUCAUCCACUUUGUACUGAACUGUACAGAUCAGGAAAAUCUAUGGCUCGAUCCUUGAUUUGUGUCACAUGAGCUUCACCUCAGCCAGGUGAGCACCGAGGGACUACAAAAAAGUAUCAGCAAUCUUUAUUUUGGACGCAGGAUAAAAAUAAGCUGCGAUUGUUAUCCGGUGAUCCUUCCUGGAAAGUGAAUCCACAGAUAAGCUUGGGCUCAGCUGUGGUCAAUUGAGGGAAAUAAACUUGAGGGGCCAUGGGAAUAGAGUAGAGGAAUGGGACUGAUUGCAUUGCUCUACAGAGAGCUGGCAAUGAGUCAAAGGGCUGAAUGACCUCAGUCUGUACCAUUAUGACUCUAUGAAUGCCCUCAAGAAUCCAAUAAUCUGUCAGCAUAAACUGUCUAUACUUGUACAUGAAUGACAAUAAUGUGGCUGAGGUCAGCUGGCACCUCUGGAACUGCACCCCAGCAAACACCUUCAGGAAUAAGGAAGAAAAUUGAGGAUGAAAUAAAAGCUCCUGUCAGCAGCAAUAAUUUGAAAAUGAUUUCUAAUUAAAGACUUUCAAAAGAUGACCACAACGAGAGUGAUUAGCACUUUCGACAACAAAGAAACUAACCAAAACAUGACCAAUAGACAAUGACAAGCAUUUCACUAUCACCUUUAAUGUGGAGAAAUGCUACAUGUAGAAGUCAAAGGAAAUUCCUCAGCAAAAUCGGAGAUUUUAGCGAGGUCCAAUGGAGAAAUCUCGAAAAUCACAGAAAUCAUAAAAAAAUGAUAGAACAAUGAGUGAGACAAAGGGGGAAAUUAGUGAGUUUCUGUUUGGAUUGUUACCCUUGAAGUGACAAUGUCUGACUGUCUCAAUGUAAAUGUUAUUGUACAGUAAAGUUUUAUUUUCCCACUGUAAGAUAACAUGGGUGUAAAGCAGCAUGUUUAGAGAGCCACCUUGUGUAAAUACAUCCUCACUACUGUAUUGACGGGAGGGGUGAUUCAACAUUGAUCAACAUGCCUUGAGGCUGCGUGACCAAGAAGUGGCACCAAUAACACAAUGAGCAGAUGCCAAUGCAGCUGAGGUGGAUAGUGUGAGAGAGGAUUCUUCUUUGGAGACAGGGAAUACUGAUGGGGAAUACCAUUCCUGAGGGCAACCCAGGGCACAGGACAUAUAUCCAAGAUAAUUGGCUUACUGAGCAAUACCGGAGUAUUGAUUUAGGAAGCCGUCAAAUGUUCUGUUCCCAAUCACUAUCCAUUGAUGAGGUGAGACUAGGAUUGGAUGGAGAUGGGAUGCUCUCCAAUGGCUGGCUGACCCUCUCUAUCUGGGCUUAUUGGGAUGAAGUGUCACAAAGUGAGCGGAGCAUGUGGACUGUACCCUAGCACAGAAGAGUAAACUAGGGAAGGGGAAGUAAUUGUACUUUGAUUAGUUUUCUACCAGGAAACUAACCUUUCCUUCAGUCUCUGCAACACUCCUGCACAUCAAACUAUAGAUGAAGAACAGUGAAAUUGCUUCACAAAAUGUUUAGUUUGGACUCAUGUUUCUGUAGUCAAUUUCUGUAUUUAAAAAAAGUGCAGAAUUUGGUUUCAAAAUAUUCUAUUAUAGGUGUGCUUGAAUACAUUAACACAAGGAAACAUGCAGUAUAUCUUAAAGCCAAAGUUUAUGAGCUGUGUGUAGACCCUGAGUACUAGUCUCCAUUGCAGUAACAUUUACUGUAUUCCCAGGGCUGGACUUUUGGAGUGGACAGUCCAAUUCACUUUCUGAAGCAGCUGCUGUUGAGACUACAACAUUUCAUAAUUCACAUAAACCAAAACAAAAAUAGAACAUUCCUUCACUUGGGCACUUAUCAAGUGGAGUGGCAUAAUACCAUGUGGCUGAAAAUGCAACAAGACAACAUUUAACUAAAUUAUAAUGCUAAAUAACAGACCUUCAGCAACAGUCCUGCAAUUCCCAGGACAGGAGUGUACCCCACAUGCAGUCAGAGUCCUAAUGAUGUGGUAUUCUAGGCUUUUGGCUCAUUCUAAGUGGGACCUCAAAACCCUUCAGUGUUCUCUUCUUCUGCUUUACAAUUAUGACACAGUGUAAAUACAGAGAGAUGUAUAUAUAUGAAUUCUAUGUCCUUGCAUAAAAAAAACAAAGCCCUGUUUGUUGUAGAGUAUAAUCCUCGAUGUUGAUGAAUGUAUUAAUAGAUUUGUGUAAGGUAAAACAAGUUAUUGUGUGUAAUUUCUGGAAUUCAAUGGUGCAAAUGAAAUGAAAUAAUUUUUUUAAUGUCCAUGUGAAUUAAAGGUUGAAAAAAGGAACAUUA